UGCAAUGUUUGGAAUUUUCAGCGCAUCGUUCGACUCGAAGCUUGCGAGGUUUUAAGCGAAGGAAGAAACAUGAACGUGGUACAAUCCAACAUCUCUACCACUAUUCGGAGCUUUAACAUUUCGGACGACAUUCGAAUAGAGGUGAAAAAGUUCCGCACCAACGCUAGCAUCGACGAAGUGGACAUUGAAGAGGACGAGGACGAUAUUUCCGUGAUACAGAAAAUCGCCAAAACAUUUGCCGAUCCGCACAGCACCACGUUCGAUCCGGCCACCCUGAAAUCGAUCAUUGUCCGUUUGGAUGAAAUCGAAAAGAAACUGGAAAAUAUUGUUCAGCUAAAUCAACAGGCAGAAGCUCUCGAUCAAACGAGCAAGCAAACGAAUGGAGCGACCGUCGCUAAUCUGCCGUCGUCCAGCGGCGUUCCCAUCGGGAGCUCAUUGGAGGAAGGGUUGGAGCUAAAGAUUGAGCUCGAGUCCGACACCGAGCUGGUCGGUGAAUAUGUCGAGCAAGAGGAGCUGAAACUGGUCGAAUUUCCUAUCAAUCGUAUCGAGGAUCUCAAAGAGUUGGAGGAAUCUAUCACAUCCGAUCAGGACUCUUUUAUAUCGUUUGUUAACUUCAUCAGCUCCACCGUCUUGAAGCAUAACCGCAACCUGGAACUGGUGCUGAAAGAUUUUCUCACCGAUUCGCUUAUCGUCGAGCUCGGCUACAGUUUAGUGAAGGAGUCAAUGCUGUCGUUUUACAUAUUCAACCAGCUACUCUACGAUAUCUGGAAAAAUGACUACUCCACCAUCAACGAUUACAACAAUAAGCUGCGGAACAUCGUCACCAAAACACAAAACAGGAUGAAACAAAAUAAAACUAAAAAGUACUAAAAGCAAAUUGACAGACGGACCACAAAGCUCUGUACUCGUUUAACGCCUAGUGUUCGAUUUAUUUAACGCCUUUUUGUGGUCUGAAUUGCCCGUUUGUGCACACUCACUGCCUCUUUCCGUUGUAGUGCGAUCGAUGGCACCGACUGGACCGACAAAUACUGGAAAUAACGCCUCCACCCUCCGUCAGUGGAGAUAGAAUGUUCCUCACGAUGUGCGGUACGAUGGUCUCGUGCGCGUCUUUGUUCACUUUGUAGUCUCUCUUAACAUUAAUCGCAUUAGAUGCACUUCUAAGGUGUAUGUUUGUGGGGGGGAUUACAAUUUGGUACGGUUCACCCGUCCUCGGCACAACAGAAGAGGGCAGAGUUACAAAUGAAGCUGCGAUGGGACAAGAAUUGUUGGGAGUGGACAAGAAGCGAAGAAAAAGGAGUAAAGGAGGUCACAUAAGUUUAUUGAACUCCCAGCUUCUUUUUCAGCGAUUCCGGCAUCUCUGGCGGGGGUGGACGCGGGAUGUUCAGAGCAACCUUCACACCGUCGUAGAUGAACCACUGCAGAGCGGUCAAGGUACCGAUCAUGAUGAUACGGGGCAUCAGACCAUUCCACAUGCCCAUGAAACCAAGCUGCUUGGCCACAUCGAUAGCAGAAGAUCCCUUGGCCUGGUUCAGCUUCGACACAACCACAUCGGCCGGAUGCGAGACAAUAGCGCAGAACACACCUGCAAUGUAACCGGCGGCGAACGUGACCAACAACUGCUCGCCCUUUGAGCACUGGUCGCGUGGUUUCGGAACC